CUAUUUCCCUACAAAACUUACACAACAUUUGUGUGUAUCUCAUCCGCAGAAAACACACGGUUCUAGUUCAUGUGUUAAACCAUUUUUUUGUACCAACAUUUGUAUGUGACUUCCAUCCUGUACUUUAUAGUGUGUGCACAGCAUGUCCAUCAUGAACACCAAGGGGAUUAGGAGGAAAAAGUCAUCAUUGUCUGAAGUCAAAGUUAUCGUGGUCGGUGCUCCAGGUGUUGGAAAGAGCGCUUUAUCCGUGAGAUUCUUGACACGAAGGUACAUCGGGGAAUAUGAUCAUCAAUCAGAAACCAGAUACAAGCACGAAGUACUGGUCGACAACGAGCCUGUCCUCUUCGAGAUCUUGGACACCUGCCCGAAGGGAGCGGCCGAUUUUCCAUCUUCAGAAACUUUGCAUUGGGCGGAUGGCGUCCUUCUAGUAUAUUCCAUAACUGAUCGACAGUCUUUCUCUUACGUUAAGAAAAUAGGAUUGUCAUUGUCGAAUUGUGAUAGGCCGUUGUAUCUUGUUGCUAACAAAAACGACAUGGUGCAUCUCAGGCAGAUCAGUGCUGAGGAAGGAACGAUUCUCGCUAGGGAUUGCGACUGCUGUUUUUCGGAGGUUGCUGCUGCGGAGCAGGUUGGUCCCGUUGCCACCGUUUUCCAUGACCUCUGCAAGGCCGUCCUCGCCGCUCGGAGGAAAUCCAAACAUUCCCUUCUUGAAAGGAUGUUGGGUACCAGAUCCAGCAACAUCAAAUUAUAUGCGAGAGGAAAAAGCGACAGCGCUUUACCCAAAGAUUGAUAUAUUUUCUAGAAUUUACUAACAACUUCUUUUUUUGCAUUUUGUGAUUAAUCGUAAUAUUAUCAAUGAAUAUAUCUGUAUAGGUCCCUAUGUUAGCGAAAUAUUAUAUUUUUGUAAUUAUAUUUAAAAUAAAUAUUGGAAGAAA